AACAGAUCCUUCUCCUCCGCGUGCUAAUCUCUCGCCGUCGAUCAUAAUAACGAGCUUCAAGGUUUAGGUUUAUCUCUCGCUCCAAACUGAAACGACUGAUUUUCCCGAGAAUUUCGAAGGUUCUUACAAUAAGGAUUUGGUUUAUUUCUCCGUCGUUUCGUCUCUACAAAUUUGCCGUUAUUUUUCCCAAUUUGACGUACGAAUUCUCGAAUUUGUUUCGUAUCGAAUUUGGGUUUGAAGAUAAGGUUUCGCAUUAGGUUCAUAGAGACUAAUCGCGAGAGGAAUUGAUAAUUUCCGAGGGGUUUUCCGGAGGUUUGCGACGCGAAUCCUUUGUUUCACGAAAUUAGGGUUUCGAAAUCGGAAUCUGGGUACUAGUUUUAUGUUGACGAGGUAAGAAAUCGCUGAGGCAGGGUAAGGAGAUGAUUCUGAAACGGACCUUGACAUUCGAGGAACAGAAUCUGAAGCGGUGCAAAGUUGAUUCAGAGGUCGAAUACGGGAGAAAAAAGGGCGAGAUUAUAGUGUACAGGAGGAGAAAGAGAGCAAGCGUUGAUCAACCACCAUGUAGAGAAGCUGAGGAGUGUACAACGAGCGUAGGCUCCUUGACGAGUAAAGAAGAAUCUCAAGACCAGUCUAGGUCCUCUCGGGGAAGAGUCCGAGUGGUUCCCUCGAGGUUUAAUGACUCUGUUGUUGAUAGACGUCGUAAGGUCGAGUCUAGCCAAGACGUUCGUGUAGUGAAGAGAGUCAAAGGUGGUUAUGAGAAUGGAAGCUCGAAGGUGUUUCCGGGGAAGGAUAAUGGAGACGGAAGCGAGGUGGAUUUUGAUGACUUGGGUUGUGGAAAGGAUGGGAAUUUGAGAGUUUCGGUGGUGUCUUCGUCCGAUGACGCUAGUUCUUUCUCUGUGAGGGGUAAAGAGGAGUUUAGUGGCGAAUCUGGUGUGUUGAAAGAUCUCGCUGCCACGAGGAAGGGGGUGUAUAGACCAGAGGACUUUGCUGUCGGAGAUCUUGUCUGGGCCAAGUGUGGGAAAAGAUUCCCGGCGUGGCCGGGUAAAGUGAUAGAUCCGGUUUCGCAAGCGCCUGAGGCUGUCUUGAAACAUCGCGUCCCGGGGUCGCUUUGUGUCAUGUUCUUUGGGUACUCGAAGAAUGGGACUCAGAGGGACUAUGGAUGGAUUAGACAAGGGAUGAUUUUUCCGUUUACGGAAUUUAUGGACAAGUUUCAGGAUCAGACCAACAUUUACAAUAACAAGCCAAGCGAAUUUAAGAAGGCACUCGAGGAAGCAGUUUUAGCAGAGAAUGGGGUUGAGAGUAGUUGCGGAGCUGCUGAAAUCAGCUGCCCAGAUUCCUCUGCCACUGAAUCCGAACAGGAGCAUGGGCCUGCGUAUAGCUUUCAGGACUCAUGUCCUGUGGACGUAAGGACUUGCGAAGGCUGUGGCACAGUAAUGCCAUUUAAAUCUCUGAAAAGGACAAACGAAUCAGAAUCACAACCUGAAGAGCUUUUAUGCAAGCCCUGUUCAAAGUUGUGGAAAUCCAACCAGUAUUGUGGCAUUUGCAAGAGAUCAUGGCACUCUUCAGAUGGUGAAGAUUGGGUAUGUUGUGAUGGGUGUGAUAUAUGGGUACAUGCUCGGUGCGAUAACAUUUCGAACGAACGCUUUAAGGAAUUGGAGCACAGCAAUUACCAUUGCCCUGAUUGCAGAGCGCAUCAUGAGUGCGCACCAACAGUAUUAGAUGAACAGAACAUAUUGUUCAAGACUACAGAAAAAGCGACAGAGACUGAGCUGCCUGAUGAAGUUACUGUAGUCUGCAAUGGCAUGGAAGGGACAUAUAUCCGAAAGUUUCAUGUAAUUGAGUGCAAGUGUGGUUCGUGUGGAGCACGGAAGCUGUCACCAAGUGAAUGGGAACGGCAUACAGGCUGCAGAGCCAAAAAGUGGAAGUACAGCGUAAAAGUGAAAGACACAACGCUAACUCUAGAAAAAUGGAUUGCAGGAUGUACUGCUCUCCCUCUAGAACAAGGUGCCGCUGAUUGCAGGAUAUUAGAUAAGCAGAUGAUGCUCUCUUUACUGGAAGAAAAGUAUGAGCCAGUUAGUGCAAAGUGGACGACUGAAAGGUGUGCUGUAUGUAGAUGGGUAGAAGACUGGGAAGAAAAUAAGAUGAUCAUCUGUAACAGAUGUCAAGUUGCUGUGCACCAAGAAUGCUAUGGGGUAAGCAAAGCUCAAGAUCUCACCUCCUGGGUGUGCAGAGCAUGUGAGACACCAGAUAUUGAGAGAGAGUGUUGUCUUUGUCCUGUAAAAGGUGGUGCUUUAAAACCAAGCGACGUUGAGGGUUUGUGGGUUCAUGUAACAUGUGCUUGGUUCCGGCCUGAAGUUGGAUUUUUGAAUCACGAACAUAUGGAGCCUGCCGUUGGACUUUUCAGAAUUCCAGUAAAUACAUUUCUGAAGUUUUGCAGAAUUUGUAAGCAGACACAUGGCUCCUGUGUGCAAUGCUGCAAGUGUGCCACUCACUUCCACGCAAUGUGUGCAUCACGGGCAGGUUACAGCAUGGAGAUGCACUGUGUAGAGAAGGAUGGUGUGCAGAUAACAAGGAAGUCAAUUUACUGUGCUUUUCACAGGAAGCCAGAUCCAAAUAGUAAUGUAGUUGUGCACACACCUUCGGGAGUUUUUGGAUCUAGAAAUUUGCUUCAGAAUCAAAAUGGGCGCAUCAAAGGUUCAAGACUUGUUAUGACCAAGAAGAUCAAGCGUCCAGGUUCCGAUAUCCAACCCCAAGCAGAACAGAGUCAUGGUUCUCUUUCUGCAGCAAGAUGCCGUAUCUAUAGCAGAUCAAACACGAAAAAGGUUGAUCUGGAGGCGAUACCACACAGGUUGAAGGGACCAAGCCAUCAUUCUUUGGGUGAAAUCGAGAAUCUCAACUCUUUUAAGGAGGCAGAUACGUCAGGUUUUACUUCAUUCAAAGAACGGCUAAAGCAUUUGCAGAGAACAGAAAAUCUUCGGGUCUGCUUUGGUAAAUCUGGCAUACAUGGAUGGGGUCUCUUUGCAAGGAGAAGUAUCCAAGAAGGAGAAAUGAUCAUUGAGUACCGUGGGGUGAAAGUUAGGAGAAGUGUUGCAGAUCUGAGAGAGGCAAACUAUCGUGCUCAAGGCAAAGAUUGCUAUUUGUUCAAGAUAAGCGAAGAGAUAGUGAUUGAUGCCACAAACUCUGGAAAUAUAGCCCGAUUGAUCAACCAUUCAUGUAUGCCCAAUUGCUAUGCACGUAUUGUAAGUGUAGGCGAUAAAGAAGAGAACAGGAUCGUCCUCAUUGCAAAGACCAAUGUCUCACCAGGCGAAGAGCUUACGUAUGAUUAUCUCUUUGAGGUUGAUGAAUCUGAAGAAAUCAAAGUGCCUUGCCUUUGUAGAGCUCCUAACUGUCGCAAAUUCAUGAACUGAUCAGAGUUCUAGCCGCGGCUGGUUCAUGCUGACUUGUUUACCCAUUGAUAUUUGAUUCAUUGGUUAACUCGCCAUUAAAUUGUAUGUCCAUCGGUUACCUUUCCCGGUUUAGCAGUUUUGUAAAUCUAUAGGAUUUUAUAACAACAUAGGCUACAAAUGAAGACUUUACAGUUUACGCA